UUGCGUUAUCGUAAAUGCACUCAAAUCACUUCCAACAUCACUUGCUAAUUUGCUUGUUGCCACCACUAGCAUGGCGGGCGUUGCUGCAGGCGUCGUCGCGGCUCCUCCUCGUCCUCCCAAGGUACAGCAGAAGGGAGGUCACCGGAUGUUUGCAGUGUCUGAUGACAGCGCGAUGAUGAAGCAAAUUCAAGCGACUCAUUCUCCUGACAGCCGCGAAGUCAACGUCAAGCCCAUCCUCAGCCUCAUCGAGAGCAUUUUUCGCCAUGCUACUCCAAGCAUUGACGGGGUUUUGAAUGGGAAACAUGUAUCAAAGACUAGUUUGGAAGAGAAGGCCUAUCUGGCGGCUUUUGAUGGUGUCCUAGAGGCAUUGCCUUACGUUAUCCAAAAAAUCUCCUGCGAGAUAUCGUGCAAGUGCAGCGGAGGUGGAGAUGCCCAUGGAACCACAAUGGCUAUAUUCAACAUGAUCUCGGCCUACUCGUGGGAUGCGAAACUGGUGUUGGCGCUGGCCGCCUUCGGAGUGAACUACGGAGAGUUCUCUCUGAUAGUCCAGCUUUACCCCUCGAACCACCUCGCGAAAUCAGUAGCUUUGCUCAAGCAAUUACCAGACAUGUUGGAGCACUCGAGCUCCUUGAAACCACAGUUCGAUGCGCUCAAUAAUCUCAUCUUUGCCAUGGUGGAUGUGGCCAAGUGCAUUAUCCAGUUCAGCGAGCUACCUCCACAGUACAUUUCAUCCGAGGUGCCCCCGCUGUCGACUGCUAUGACCCAUAUUCCUACUGCAGUCUACUGGACUAUCCGCAGCAUCGUUUCUUGCGCUUCACAAAUUGCUAGCCUGAUCGGGUUGGGGAACGAAUACAUACCAUCAGCCACUGAAGCAUGGGAACUAUCCAGCUUAGCCUACAAGGUCGGUAGCAUACAUGAGCACCUUAAGAAGCAACUUGCCAUCUGCUACCAACAUAUAGAUGAAAAGAGGCAUUUCGAAGCUUAUCAGACGCUGGUACGCCUCUUCGACAAGAUUCAUUUGGACAACAUGACCAUUCUCAAGCAUUUAAUCUAUCUCAGGGAUGACAUACAGCCGCUGGUGGACGGUACCACCAAAUCAAAGGUCAGCCUUGAAGUGCUGAGAAAGAAGACGGUAUUGCUACUGAUAUCAGAUCUCGAAAUCGCCAUUGAAGACAUCGAACUUCUCAACCACAUGUACAGAGAGUCUCGUUCGAGGGCCGAGUACCAGUUCGAAAUAGUGUGGCUGCCAAUUGUGGAUAUCGAUCCAAAGUCGGCUGCUUGGGAUAUGACCCAUCAGCAGAAAUUCGAGGAGCUGCAGAGCAUCAUGCCAUGGCACACUGUCCACCACCCUUCGAUCCUUGAUCCGGCCGUCAUCAAGUACAUAAGGGAGGUGUGGCGUUUCUCGAAGAGGUUCAUCAUAGUAGCUCUGGAUCCACAGGGGAAGCUGGCUAGCCCCAAUGCCCUCCACAUGAUCCGGAUAUGGGGAAGUGUGGCCUACCCUUUUACCAAGGAGCGAGAGGAAGCGCUAUGGAAGGACGAGAGCUGGAGACUCGAGCUGAUCAUCGACGGCUUAGACGACGGGACAAUAAUGGAAUGGACGACACAAGGAUCAUACAUUUGCCUAUUCGGAGGCGAGAACCUUGAUUGGAUCAGGAAGUUCACAAGUGCAGCCAAAGCUGUCGCUAAGCUCGCGAAUAUCCCGUUGGGAAUGGUUUACGUGGGGAAGAGCAAUUCUAAGGAGCGUGUGCGGCGAACGGUGGCGGCGAUCACCUCAGAGAAGUUGAGCUACUGCUGGAAUAACCCCACAUUCUUCUGGUUCUUCUGGGCUAGACUCGAAAGCAUGCUCCACUCGAAGCUGCACCAUGGGAAGUCCACCGAAAACGACCCAGUAAUGCACGAGAUCAUGACGAUACUCAGCUACGACGGGAGCGAUGAAGGAUGGGCUAUUUUCUGCCAUGGUACGUUGCCGCCGGUGGCGAGAGCCAGGGGCCAAAAUGCCUUGGCGAGCAUGGAGGAGUUCGACAGGUGGAAGGACGACGCAAAUCAGAGGGGCUUCGCGGCCGCGCUGGACAACCAUCUAAAGCAGAAGGAACUCGAGUCUCCACACCACUGCAACCGCCUGAUCCUGCCCGGAAUCGACGGGGGGAUCCCGGAGAGGGUCGUGUGCGCAGAGUGCGGCCGCGUGAUGGAGAAGUUCAUCAUGUACCGCUGCUGCACCGAAUGAGCAGAUGCUCAACUGCGGUUACUCGGGCGUGAAGGUAUCUCGUGAUGUACCAUCUUGAGGUUAUGCAAGGUUUGGUUGUGGAAGAUGGCGGCGCAGGCUGCCGCGUCCAGUCGGGUGUGGUGUUCAUUCGGACCCGGGCUCUGGCUUUCAUCCAGUCUAUCCUGUUUGUCGCUUUUUUUUUAGGGGGUUCCUUUCGCGGUUUCAGUUGUGUUCUGUUUCGAAGUGUUUAGAUGAAAUCUUGAUGUAUGGCUUGACUGCAACUUUUCUUGUACUGUAAGGUUGAUGUGCGUUGGUGAUGAUGUUCAAUCUAUAGCUGUUUUGACUUCUGUUUUAGUAUGCUA